AUGAUGUUUUUACUAUUUAUAUUAUUGGUUGGCAUCGAACAAUGCUUGAGUAUUUCGAGUCCUGUUCAUCCAUUUGCCACCUAUAAACAUUCAGUUGAACUUCAAGUUAAUGUAGCCGAUCUUUGGUGGACGGUGAAUGAUGCUGAAACAGAGGUUGUGUUGGAAUUACAUAUCAACACAACUGGCUGGAUUGCCCUAGGCAUCAGUCCAGCUGGUGGCAUGACGGGUGCUGAUAUCGCUGUCGGAUGGGUUGAUCAGACGGGCAAUGUCUAUAUGCAGGAUCGACAUGCAUUGACUACUGCAAAGCCUAUCUUAGAUAAUACAACGACCGAUUGGUUUGUUCUCAACGGUCGUGAACAAGAUGGAUGGACAGCUAUUCAAUUCAAACGUUUACUUGAUACAUGUGAUCCAAUGGAUGUUCGAAUCAAAUCUGGAACCAACAAUCUCAUAUUUGCCUAUGGUCUUACCGAUCCUGAUCUCGACCAGCCGAAUGGUGACAUUUCUUACCAUGAAAAUCGUCGAGGUUCACGCAUUCUACCACUUCGAUCCUAUGCCAAUCCACCGGUCGAAGCCAAGUUUGCUGAACUCGAAUAUUUCGAUUUUCGCAUAAAUAAUUAUCUUGUUCCAUCGAAUGAUACUACAUAUUAUUGUAAAAUGUUCAAAGCUCCAACAAAUUAUGCAGUUAAACGACAUGUAAUCGCUCACAAAAUCCUCAUUGAACCAAGUAAUCGUGAUCUUGUACAUCAUCUUCUCUUGCAUGAAUGUAGCCCGAUGGCUAAAUUCGAUGAUAAAAACCUGCCCGAUGGUUUAUGUAAUGAUUUAGCAGAGACGCUUGCAAUGUGUAUGGCAAAUGUUGCCACUGUUUGGGCUGUUGGCGGCGACGAAGUAAGACAACAUGUUACAAGAGUAAUAACUACGUGUGAAUAG